AUGGAUAAGAUAUCACCUGAAUUAGAGAACUUUCCUUAAUUCAAUGAGUAGGAGGAUAAGAUCUUUUUGAAAGAUUUUGAAUUAGAGCAGAAUGAGCAUUUCAUCAAGUUUGUGUUUAUACCAUAUUUCAAAGAUAUCUAUUUGGAUCUGUUUACAAAGAGUGAUAAGGCAGGCAAAGGUAUCAAUAAAAUCGUGUUUUAGGAGUAUGCUAACUUGCCAGGAUUGCUAGGUGAAAGAUUGUUUAAAAUUAUUGAUGAAAACGGUGACUAGUUCCUAGAUUAGAAGGAAUUCAUUCAUGCAAUGUUUAAGAUAUACUAUUCCAAAUUAGAAUCAAAGAUUAAACUAGUUUUUGACAUAACGACCAAAGUAGAUCACUUCCCAAAGGUUAAAAAGAGGGCAUGUUUACAUAAAAAGGAGGUGGAAGAAUUAACGAAGAAUUUUCUUCUGAGAUGCUUCUAUCAGUAAAUAAUUCAUUCAACUAAGGAUAAUUUGUAGAUUAUGAGUGUGCUAUAAGACUGUCUGCCUUGCUCAGAUAACUUUUUCAGAUUCUAGGGCAAUUAUGAUAAAUUUAUGCAGAAGAAAGCAAGAGAAACUAACUCUCCGAUUUCAUAUUCACCACCAAGGCAGUUGGCCUCUCCCAAAUAGAUUGGUAGACUCUCACCUAUCAACAACUUGCUAAAUAAAGAGUAAUAAAUGAGAAAACAGAUGCUAAAUAUUGAUACAUAAGCCUAGUAGAAUUUAUUAAGAUAUGCUGCAAACAAAGACCAUAUAGAUAAAUUGAAGGAAAUGAGAGUAAAUGAAGAUGAGAUAAUAGAAGCAAAUAUUAAAGCUAAAAAUGAAUAGAUUGAACAGCAGUUAAUUGAUUAAAUGCAGUUGUCUCUGACACUUGAAGAUAAAGAUAAUACAAUAAAUUCAAUCCCUAUAUCUAAAUUCAAACCUAAUUAAAUACAGAUGAUGGAGGGUAAACUGUGUAAAUAGUAAUCGAUUUAAGACAAGGAGGAAAGUAAAUCUGAGCCUAAAUCUCCAGUACAUUUCCGCGAAGCUAUUAGACUUCCAAAUAUCGGUACUCUGAAAUCAAAGUUGGAAGAGGGCUAUGACAAUAAACUAUAAACAGAAAAUGAGGCUAUUAAUUCACCAACUAACUUCCUCAGCAAAUAAAAUUAAGGCUCCAGUCCUUAAUCAAAUUAAAUAGUAUUUGAUAACUUCAUGUCUUCAACAAAGUUAGAAGAAUAUGACUAGUAUGAAGGAGAAAUAUUGAGAAAAGCUCCUGGUGGUAAAUACAAAAGAUAUUGGUUCUGUCUAUUAGGAAAAGAGCUUUAUUGCUAUAAGAAAAAGAACGAGGAAAAGCACAAAGGAAUGCAUAGUUUAGUAGGUGCAUUUAUUAAGGAGGAUGAGCCAGAGCUGCUCCCAGACGGUCAAAACUACAUCUAUCCAUUUAGGAUCAUUUUUCCUCCAAAUAAAAGCAGAACAUAUUAUUUAUUGGUAAAAUCUGAAAGAGAUAGUUGGCUUAAAGUAAUUAAGGCAGCUAUAGGUUAUGCAGUUAUUGAAGAUUUCUAUGAAAUCAAAUAAGAUCUUGGAAGAGGUAAAUUUGGUUAGGUAAAGUUAGCUAUUCACAAAAAGACAUAGAAAAAAGUUGCAGUUAAAGUCAUCAAGAAAAAAGACAUGAGUUUAGGAGAGGUCGAACUGUAAAAAAGAGAGAUUGAAGUCUUAAAGAUCUGUUAACAUCCAAAUAUCAUUCGGCUGUUAGAUGUUUUUGAAAAUCCAGAUUAUAUUUAUAUCGUCCUUGAGCAUAUGGCUGGAGGAGAUCUAUUUAAUUAUCUUGAGAGAAGAGAGUUCAAAAUAACUGAAGAUAAAGCUAGAAAUCUAACUCAUUAAAUUGCCUCUGCUUUAUAUUAUCUACAUAGCUAUGGUAUCGUUCACAGGGACAUUAAAUUAGAAAAUAUCUUAAUGGUAGAUUAAUCAAAUGAUAGUGAACUGAAGCUAGUAGAUUUUGGCCUUUCUAAAAUUCUUGGUCCAAAUGAGACAACAAAUGAUCCUUUUGGAACUUUGUCAUAUGUUGCUCCAGAGGUACUACUUCAAAGACCAUAUGCAAAGAGUGUUGAUCUUUGGAGUCUUGGUGUGAUCAUUUAUAUUCUUUUGAGUGCUAUGCUACCAUUUGAUGCUGAUGAUUAGAAGGAAGCAGCUAGAAGAAUCAUCUAUGAGCCUGUUCCAUUUACUCAUCCAAUUUGGGACUUUGUUACCGUAGAAGCAAAAGAUCUUAUUGCCAGAUUACUUGACAAGGACAGAUAUAAAAGAAUCACUUUAGAUGAAGUGCUGACUCAUCAGUGGGUAUGCAAGAGAAAUAUGGAUAUCUAAGAGAUGAGAAGAAAGUCAGGAGAUCUUGAAAAAUUUGUACUUUAUACAAAUGCUAACCUAGAUAAAAACACUCUAUAAAAUCAGCAAAAUAGCGCCGCAAUUCAAAGUACUUCAAACAAUAUGAACCCAUGA